AUGACGACGGACGAGAGAAGACCGCUGCUCAACACCGCCAACACACCUGACUACUCCUCAACCCUCAAGUCAGAUGAGCCCGCCGAUGUCAAUAAGCUAUCCUACAACAAAGUGGGCUUGAGUGUCAACAGGUUCUGGCUUCUGUUUUCUGAAUGCAUUCGACGGGACCGUCGUUGCGACGCUUCUCGGUCCAAUCUCUUCUUCCUUCAACGCUACGAACAUGGCAUCGUGGCUUGGUACCUCCUAGCUUCCAUGCUUUUGGCUAUGGCUAUAUUCACCACUGGCAACCUCCUCUGUGCCGUUGCGCCAUCAAUGGAAUUCCUUAUCGCCGCAAGGGCCUUAGCAGGUAUGGGAGGAGGCGGUCUAAGUACGGUUGGAAGUACGAUCAUGAGUGAUAUUGUGCCAAUUACACAUCGAGGUAUCUACCAAGGUUUCGGAAAUUUGGCAUUCGGAGGUGGGAUGGGCUUGGGAGCGCCUUUAGGUGGUAUCAUUAAUGACUACCUUCAUUGGCGUUGGGCUUUCGGCAUUCAGCUGUUCCGACGGAUAGACUUUUUAGGAUGUUUCCUGCUCGCUGGAUGGGUCGGAGCAGCACUCAUCGCUGUCUCUCUCAAGACCAAUUCUACCUCGUUAGAUGCCUAUGCCUGGUCCGACCCUCUCAUUCUAGCUCUCUUUGGCGUUAGCGCAGUUCUAUUCGCUCUGUUCUUGCUGGUCGAGCUCAAGUGGGCUUCGGAACCUGUCAUGCCAUUCGAACUGCUUAAUAGGAGGACCGCGAUCUACACCAUCCCCCUCUUCUUCACCGUUGUUCGGGGAAUGUCUUCUUCGCAAGCAGGUGCGCACUUGAUACCAAACUCCAUCGCUGGUAUGAUCGGCUCCCUAGGUUGUGGAUUUGUGGUUCGACACACCAAAAAAUACUACUGGUUGAACUUCUGGUCAGGCUUUAUGGGCCUUGUUGGUGCUAUAUUGAUUUCGAUGUGGAAUCGGGAAUCCUCUGAGUGGAUGCUCUGGACAAACUUAUCAUUCACGAGUUUCGCCAUGGGUGCUGUCACUACUUUGACCAUUGUUGCUCUCAUCGCAGAUGUCGGUCAUGAGCAUGUUGCGAUCGCGACCAGCUUGUCAUAUGUCUUCCGAACCAUCGGUCAGGUCUUGGGAGUCGCAUUGUCGGGUGCCUUGGCUCAAGCCAUUUUGCAAAAAGAGUUGAGUAAGAGAAUCACUGGACCUGGGGCUGAAGAAGCUUUACACGCCGUCUUCUUAUGUGCAGUCAUCUUGAGUGUGAUAUACCUCCUUGCCGGUCUGGGGAUCAGAGAGAUUGAUAUGCACAAAGCGGUUAUUAAGCCUGCAAAUGGUCAAGGAGAGGAAGAAGAGGAAGAUAUCGUCGGAGAGGUGGUCGAGGCUCCUUAG